GAUACACGUUCUACAGUCUUAAUGAAAUGGAUUCCAUGAAUGAACUGGCUAGAACAGUAGAAAGAAUGAGGAGCACUUGUGGUUUCUUCCGACCAUUUCUGGGAGUUCCAUUAAUUACAUGAUGCCGUUCGUGAAAGUUUCAGGAGGUGACCAAGCUCACUCUUUAGGGUAUCAGCCGCACAAAGGAGGGUGAUUAAAGCGUCAUAUCAUCAUGUUCUCCAAUCGAUGUCAAGGACAACAUGAACAUAAAUAUUAUUGGUACAGGUUUGCUCAUGGAUUGCUGAAUAGACCAGCACCAGGGUGGCUGGUGCUGCAGGACACCAUCUGUGGCAUUACUAAAUGGGAAGGGAGUAUGCAUUCCACACGACUGCCAGCCACUCGCAAUGGGGAGGCCUUCAAUAAUUGUCUCUUCUUGUCCCUUCCCCCACUGCUCCCCGAGCAGUCGGUGCUGUAAUCAAAUCGUGUCCUAAAAGUCGAUCAGGAAUCAGUCAAAGCAACACGAUGACUCUUGCUUUUGCCAACAAUACAAAAUCGUAGAAGAUUGACCCUCGGUCAGAUAAAGGAUUCUUACAUGCAGCAGGUGAUCUUGAUCCACCAAUGAUUGUGCUGGGAAUCCAGCUAUGGCUUGGCCACUAACCAAGCUAGUGGAUUCCAAAGAUAAAAAAGUCUUGUUCACCAUAUCUGCCUGCCUAGGACGGGACUUUUCUGCUUUAGGAUCAUAGAGCAAACAAAGCUCAUGAACAAGAAGCUCGAGUGUAGCCUUUGGAUCAAUGUGUGCUGGAAACAAAUGAACAAACCGGAAAGCAAGCGUGAAUCAGCUUGCACCAUGUUCCAUGAUGUGUGUGUGUGUGUGAUGCAGACAUACAACUGAAUUACCUCUUGCUUUGUGUCCACUAUCUGAUUUGCUAGCAAAUUCGCCGUGAAUCAUCAGUUUGCUCUUUGAUCAGCCUCUGUUCAGGCUGAGAGGUGGGACAGUGGAGUGAUGGGCGGCCUCAUGGAUUCAUCAUCUGGCAUCUUAGAUUCCUUGAAUCUUUGUUGUGUACCGAGCCAGCGAUGCAAACAAGAAAUUCCUAUCUAAUGUAACGAGAAGGAAGGAUGCUGACAACGGAAGGCAUCAACUUCUUCAACCGGUAUCAGCUAUAGACAGAUGCUCGUGGUAGAUAACUAAGCUGCUUGAAUCACAACGACGACAGGGGCAAUUGGUAUUAACGAGGAAGAAAUCCUCUGCAACACUUCAGACGGAGUCGUCCAUGCAUGAAAUCGAAAGCACGGGGCCGAUAUAUACAUGUUGGGUUCCUUCGGAGCACCUCACUUCUGGAGUUGCAAGUUAUGGACCUGAGUGGCACACAGAUCCUUGCAUCGUUCUUCGUACUCGUAAUCACAGGUUUCGUAUGGCUGCGAUCGUGGAAGCCCCAAAUGGAGAUGAGAAAAAUCCCAGGGAACAUGGGUUGGCCUCUGAUAGGAGAGACACUCUCGUUUCUGUCCGACUUCUCGAGCCCUUGUGGUAUCUACAGCUUCAUCAAGAAGAGGCAGCGCAGGUUUGCAUGAAUUCCUGGAACAGGCUCUGUAAUCAAUCUACGGUCUCGAUCUCUACAUUGCAUCUUGACCAUGGCUUCUCUCUGUUCCUCGCCGUCAGUCACGGAAGGGUGUUCAAGACGAGCAUCUUGGGAAGGCCUACGGUGUUCGUGACCGGAAGGGAAGCGAGCAGAAUCUUGUUGUCCGGAAAAGAUGGAAGCGUGAGCCUCAACCUGUCGUACGCAGGCAAGCAAGUUCUCGGCCCCACGAGCUUGCUCACCACGGCAGGUGAGGAGCACAAGCAGCUUCGCCGAUUGAUCGCUGAGCCCCUGUCGGUGGAUUCGCUCAAGCGGCACUUCCAAUUCAUCGAUGACUGGGCGAUCAAGACGCUGGAGGGGUGGCCCGGGCGACCGGUGUUGGUCCUGGAGGAGGCAUCCACGUUCACUCUCAAAGUGAUCACCAGCAUAAUGAUGAGCUUGGAGCCAGCCGGAGAUGAGCAGGAUGAGUUUCGCGCAAAUUUCAAGCUUAUAUCAUCCACCUUUUCCUCCUUGCCUCUCAAGAUCCCUGGAACGACGUUCCACCGCGGCAUACAGGCUCGGAACAGAAUGUACGCGAUGCUGGACUCGAUGAUCUCCAGGAGGAGGAACGGCGAACACGAGCACCACGAUUUCCUGCAAACCCUCGUGAGAAAGCACAGCAAAGAAGACGAAGAUGGCGGUGAUGAUGCAAAUAAGCUGACCGACACGCAGCUGAAGGACAACGUGUUGACUCUGCUUAUCGCAGGCCAUGAUACGACCACCGCUGCACUUACGUGGCUCAUCAAGUUCCUGGGAGAGAACCCCCAUGCUCUGCAAAAUCUCAGAGAAGAGCACGGUAGGAUCCGAAAUGCUAGAAACGGCAGCUCACAUCUCACCUGGUCUGAAGUCAAUAGCAUGCCUUACACCAACAAGGUGAUAAAUGAAACACUGAGAAAGGCCACCAUCCUACCCUGGUUUUCCAGAAAAGCACCUCGGGACUUCACCGUCGAUGGUCAUACGAUAAAGACGGAUUGGUCAGUGAAUGUGGACGUCGUAUCGAUGCACCAUGACGCAGAUGUCUUCCCCGACCCCGAGAAAUUUGAACCUUCAAGAUUCGACAAACCACUGAAGCCAUACAGCUUCUUGGGGUUCGGAAGCGGACCGCGGAUGUGUCCAGGAAUGCACUUGGCGAAGCUGGAGAUCUGCAUCUUCAUCCACCAUCUGAUAUGCCGAUACAAGUGGAAACCUCUGGAUGAAGACAGCAGCUUGCAUGCUACUCUGGUUCGCAUGCCCAAGAACAAGUACCCCAUCACCGCGGAGCCACUGUGAGCGAGUCAUGGCGUUUGUACUCUUCCUUCGGAUUGCUUCAGUGCAACGAAGAAGAGAAGUCACAAAGAACAAGCUCGAAUGUCAAAUGCAGUAAACACAGAUUGAUACAUCGACCUGUUCAAGUCGUUGACCCAAUUAGCCCCAUUAACACGUACGUUAUAUGCUGGAUAGCAUAGGGAGACGAUGACGUGGGUGAAUUCAUUGAUAGAAUAGCAAUCACUUGAUUGAUACAACCGUAUGAUGAAGGGGUACAAAGUCUAAGCUACUUUUCUGGAUAUCUAUUUCCGAGUAAUCUCGAUGUCUAUCUUCGAGUAACCAUAAAUACGUAGAAACAGUAUACUGAACUAACUCGAGAUAAACUCAAACCAUGGGAUGUAAUCAUGGGUACCAAAAGGAAUGCUCGAUA